AUGCAGUACGCUACCGAGCCCUCCUCCAUCCGCGUUUAUUACCGCGGAAACAAGUACGAUGUUCCUCUGGAGUUUGCAACCCGUAUGCAUCCAGGCGGCAGCAGCAUUCUGAUGCGCUAUAAGGACUGCGACAUCACGAAGGACUUUGAGAAAAUGAACCACUCCGUCGAUGCGGCAGUAAUGCUGAAUGAGUGGCUGGUUGACGGCAAUCAUUUCCCUGAAGUCUACAAGCCCGCUUCACGCUGCCAGUCUGGAGAGGAUGACGGGAAUCAGCAGAAAAAAGAGUCCGAUAAGACGAAGCGCUGGAACCGCUUGGCCAUUGCCUUCGGAAUUGCCUCAAUCCUGACUGCGGUGGAAAUGCGCAAGCACUGA